AGGAAGGAAGAAACCGAAACGUUUUUCACGUACGUUUCUUCGACACCUUGUGAAAGGUAACCGAGUGAGGCCGCUAGCUGCACAGCGAGCCACAGGAAGAAGACCAGAGCCCAUGGCGUGUACUCCUACUCCACUCGUGCGACUUCUGCCUCUGCUCCUCCUCCUCCUGCUCCCCUCUCCUGUCCGGGAGUACCUCUCGGCCGCGAGCAACCGCCGGCCAAAGGACGAUGUUGCCGCCGCCGCCGCCGCCCUCCAUCCGAUCGUUCUGGUGCCUGGGGUGAGCUGCAGCGAGCUGGAGGCGCGGCUCACCGAGGCCUACAGACCGUCGGUGCCGCGCUGCGGCGCGAUGAAGGGGAAGGGGUGGUUUGGGCUGUGGGCGAACUGCUCAGACCUGCCCGCGCACGACUAUGUGCGGUGCUUCCAGGAGCAGAUGAGCCUCGUCUACGACCCCGACGCCAACGACUACCGGAACCUGCCCGGCGUCGAGACGCGCGUGCCCAACUUUGGCUCCACGACAGGAUUCCAGAGGAACCCAGUUCACACAGACUGGUGCCUUGAGAUCCUCAGGCAUGAACUGGAGAGAAUCGGGUACCGUGACGGCGACACCCUGUUCGGAGCCCCUUACGACCUUCGUCACGCUCCUCCGGUGCCUGGCCAGCCAUCUCAAGUCUACUCCCGCUACUUCCGGCAGCUGAUGGCGCUCGUCGAGAACGCGAGCAAGAAGCGACGGCAGCACAACAAGAAGGUCAUCCUCUUUGGGCACAGCUUCGGAGGGAUGGUCGCGCUCGAGUUCGUGCGAGGCACUCCAAUGGCGUGGCGAGACAAGUACAUCAAACACCUCGUCCUCGUCGCACCUAUCCCCGCAGCAGGGUUUGUGCAGCCAGUGGAAUAUUUCAUCUCCGGGACAGACAUGCUCUACGUCCCAACAGCUACCCCAUUGUCCAUGAGGCCGAUGUGGAGGAGCUUUGAAUCUGCCAUCGCGAAUUUCCCGUCCCCGGCGGUGUUCGGGCGCAGGCCAAUCGUGAUCACCAAGCAAAGGAACUACUCGGCGCACGACAUGGAAGACCUCCUCGCCGCCGUCGGCUUCGCCCGCGGCGUGGAGCCUUUCAAGAAACGAGAGCUCCCGAGGAUGCGCUACUUCCAGGCGCCCAUGGUGCCCACGACAUGCAUCAACGGAGUGGGCAGCGAAACGGCGGAGCAGCUGGUCUACUGGGAGAGUGACUUCGACGGGCCGCCAGAGGUGGUGUACGGCGAUGGAGAUAACAGCAUCAAUUUGAUCAGCAUGCUGGCGUUCGACGAGGAAAUGCGUCAGCAGCCGGGACAGAAACGGCAAUUCAAGUCGAUCAAGCUUCAUGGGGCUCAGCACGGCUCGAUUGUUACAGAUGAAUGGGCGCUAAAGCGGGUCGUCCAAGAAAUUCUUGAAGCCAAUCAGAUUUAAUUUCUUGCUAGACUCAAGCGAUUUUAACUACUAUCUUCAAUAAUGAUUGUGUGGAAUAAUUUCGGUGAAUAAUUCACCGACCUGCAUGUACUCAUUGGAGGUAUGUAAAAUGGAUAUAUAUGUUUAGAGUGUUGAGGUAUGAAAGUAUAUAUGUAAAAUCAAUAUGGACAUACUGUCCAAAUGCUAUUGAAGUUGCGGUA